AUGGGUGAUUUUAAUAUAAUUAGAUCUGAUGCUGAAAGAGUUGGUGGUCGACCAAGAGCAAGACUUGCGAUGGACGAGUUUAAUGAGUGCAUUAAUUCAUGUGGACUGGACGACUGGAAUUUGGAAGGGAAACAAUUGUCAUGGUGUAAUGGGCAGCAAGGAUUGGCUCGUAGUUGGGCUAAACUUGAUCGAUUGUUGGUGAAUAAUUCUUUUUCUUUGAAGUUUGGUAGUGCGGUGGCCCGGUGGAUACAGCAUGACGAUUUUUUAAAGAUGGUUGAAGAAUCCUGGACAGUUGAUAUGCUGGGGGAGAGUGGCUUGAAUAUCCUAGCGGGAAAACUUAAACGUCUAAAAGCUACUUUACAGGUUUGGAACAAAGAAGUUUUUGGGCGUGUGGAUGGAAAAAUUCGGGAACUAGAGAAGAGGAUUGAGGUCCUUGAGGAUGGGUUACAAAAUGGAUUUUUGGAAAAAGUGGAAGCUGAGCUCUUAUACGAUAAAGCUGAACUGGAACGUUGGGUGCAACGAGAAGACAUCCGACUAGCUCAACAGGCGAAGGAAAAAUGGUUGUUUGAGGGAGAGUAG